UGCCAUGGGGGGCAUCACCCUGCAGUACUGCAUCCAGGACCAGACUUACAAGGAGACGCUGCAGUUCCCCCUGCAGCCACAGGAUGGAGACAGGUGACAGCAAUGCUCCUUUGGCUCCCAGUACCCCCAGGCUGCCCGUUCACCGCCUGGCAGCCAAGUCGCUGCUGCUGGAGCUGGAGGGAGCCAUGGACACCGGGUCGGAGGGGGCCCGGCGCCGGGUGCUGGAGACCAGCCUGAACUCGGGGGUCAUCUGCUCCCUCACAGCCUACGUGGGGGUGGACACAGAGCGGGGGCAGCCGGUGCAUGGGCCGCUGGUGAGACGGGACAUCCCGCUGACAGUCUUCGGGGCCGCAACCCACGUAUGGAAGAUGCAGAGUUUCAACAUGAACUUCCGCCCCCCCAUGGCCAUGUGCUGUUCUGCCUCUGUACGCACGGACUGGGACAAAUAUCUCUGCUUUGCGUCUGCGGAUUGCGCCGAGGACUGCGACUUUGACGACCGCUUAGAUGUGCCAGAGCGGGCACCGGAAGAGUCUCCCCUGCUGAGGCUGGUGUCUCUGCAGAAUGCGGACGGCUCGUGGGACCUGGACCCCCAGCUCACCGCUGUGCUGGGGGUGAGUGAGACCGACACCAAGGGGAGGAUGCCCAGUAAGGAUGUGGCCCCCAGUGUCUGGGCCACGGUGCUGGCCGUGGUCUGGCUGCACAGCCGGGCCGCAGGGCAGCGCGACGAGUGGGAGCUGCUGGAGGCCAAGGCUGUGGGCUGGGUGCGGGACCAAGCAGGGCCCCAGCUGAGCGAAUGUCUGGAAGCUGCCAACACCCUGCUGGGCUGCAGCGUUGGCCCUGCUGUCUUCAGGCUCUGAGCCCCGCCGGAUCCCUGUACCCGCCCCCCCCCCCGCAAGCUACCCAGGGCCUCCUGCCCAGCUGAGCCCCUCCCACCCCCCCAAUCCUCAUACUUCCCCCCUGAGCUACCCUGGGCCUCCAGCCCCGCUAAAUUAAGAGCAGCCAGGUGGUUGCAUAUGUUUAAAGAAAACAGUUUAAAUUGACCCUGUCAUUUACAGCGGAGGAAGGUCAUUGGGCAGACAGGCCCUUGCUGCUGUGGGCGGAGACUGUCUCUGCCAGCCCCUCACUGGAAUAAAGCAAUUCCGCGGG